UUGUCUUACCUAUUUUACGCGGCUCACGCUGGGCUCCUCGUGAGGCCUGUAGCGUCGAGUAGGCCUCACUGCACGGCAUGCUAAUGCUAACGAUUGCCCGCGCCUUUAGUGAAUGCAGCAGCAGUCACUCCCCUCAAUGCAUGAGGGACACAUAUUGGUACUUUUUACGAUUGUGUGUUUAUGUAAAUGGUUUUGUAUAGCUUUAAAUUCUUUCUUCCACAGACGUCGGGGUGUAAAUAGGGCCGAAACAGUUAACGCCAGGCGACUAAUCGGUCGAUAGAUGAAUUAAUUACCGACAAUUUGUGGUAAUCUGUUAAGGUUAGUUAGUGUUGCCAGAUUGCUUCGAUGUUUUCCAGUCUAAUAAUUGCUCAAAAUCCGUCCAAUUUGAUCGAAAAAACGCUAAAAUAUCAUCUGUAAUGAUCGAUACAGAUGAAGUCAUUAACAUUAAUGAUGUGCUAUAAUGUUAACAUUAAACAACAAUUCAAGUCUUCACAAGUGCGCAAGAACCCAUAUAGGAGGCUGCAUCACACAAUGCAACUACAGAAACUAUUUUUCAUCUCUGCCCUCGGCUUUUAUAAAUACAGAAAAAGUAAAAGUGCACCUCGAAUUGGAAAAAUAAUAUGUCUUAUCUGACUUUGUAAACUGCAGCAGUAUGUACCCCCCAACAGGCACACAGGCAUGAAGAGGGAGGGAGAAGAGCAUGUAAUCCCAUGCGGUCUAAAAACCAAACAAAUAAUGAUGUAAUGUCUUACAUAGAGCUUUCUGUUACACUACAACUCAAGUGUUUAUGAGGUGAGGUGGGUGGUAAUGAUGGCGACCCCUAUCUCCUCAGCAGAAUGAAUGAUAAUUGUCACAUCAAAGUCGUGAUGAGUGACUGGAUGUGGUCUCAUUGCUAAGGAACACAAUUCAUGAAUAUAUUUUUAAAAUACUAUGUAUUUUAAAACCAGACCAACUCGUGCUAAAACACUCCAAAUCCAGUCCACCUGCCAGUCCAUUUUACCCAGCGCAGUCCAACCACACAAUCUGGCAACACUUGUUAAUUGUUUGAGAUAAUUGUCAAGACAAAAUGAUAGCACUUAAGUAAAAUAUUGGGCCUAUCGUUUAUUAAUCUGUCAGUUAUUUUUGAUUCAUUGUUCAGCCCCUUCAUGUCAAAAUAUUGUUAAAAAAUGGCCAUCACAAGUUCAAGAGUCCAAGGUGAAAUCAUUUCUUUUUUCAUCAGACAAACAGUCACAAAGAUACUCAGUAUACAUUUAUAAAAAUGUGUAUAAAGCGCUAAAUCCUAAUAUUCAGUAACUGAAAAUAGUGCAAGCCCAGAAUUUUUGUUUGAUUGUGAAACCGAUGAACUUGCCAAUUGACUAGUUGUUUUAGCACUGAAAAAUACUUAACAUUAGCCUGUUCAAGCCUCUCUGCCUUUUCCUGUGUUGCAUCACUGUAAAUUUAAUAAUUUGUGUGUUAUCCUUGCUUUUUCUGACAUUUUCUAUACUGAACAGUUGGGUAGUUGGAAAAGUAAUGGUUAGAUUAAAUGAUAAUAUAAACUGUUGUAGCCUGAGAUGCAAUAGUUACAGCAGUUUGUAAAUGUAGUAAGUGCUGAUAUGAACAAAGUGGAAAAACCAGUUAACUUAAUAUAGCUAUGUCAGUGAUUUCCUGUUAGCAAUUGCUUGGAUUCUUGACAGCCCACUUGGGAUGCCAAUGAGCUACUGCAAUACAUAUUUACAGGAUUUUAACAUUGACUUUAGAAUGAAAUAAUUGUUUUUUGCUCUGUAUUCUCCUCUAUCGAAUUACACCUGGCUCCUCAGCAGGUAGGACAUGUCAAGGACUGCAACAACAUAGUAACAGUCAUAAUUUCACUCACAUGAAACCAGGGUGAAAAAGAUGAUGCUCAAAGCAUCAGUGACUGACACUGAUAUUUGAUUCUCAACAAAUUCUUGAUGAGAGUUGCACUAACACUGCAACACACUAUAAAUAAAUAGUUGUAAGAUAAGGUAUCUUAUCUUGGUCUAAGGAGAGCAUGUAGAGAUCAGAGAGUACAUAAGAUUGUGUUGCCCAUUAUUACCUUAGCUGUCCCUGGGGACACAAAACUCAUUCAAGUCAGUUUGAAGAAGGCAUGUUGGGUCUCCUUGUUUGUAUUCUUUGCACAACUUAUCUGUAUUUUUUUCCAGUGACUCUCCCUUGCCUGUGACUUCACGUGUCUGUUUUGUAAAGUUCCUUGAGUCUGAGUCGGUGGGAGUUUCCCAACACCUGACGAACACCGUCUUCGUGGACAGAGCCUUGAUUGUGGUCCCUUUUGCUGAAGUGGACAAGUCAUUUGCAGAGAGCCCCUUCCUUGCUGGCUGAAAGUGGUCCUCUGCUGCCAUCAGGAGAUUAGAAAAAAUAAUGGCACCAGGCUCGCAAGCCCCCCUUCUCUCUCUUGUUCUGCAGUAAAAUAUUAACUCUGUAUUUUUUUCUCUGUUCAAGGCUUCUUUUCUUUAAAAAAAAAUAGCCACACAACUCUUAAGCAAAAUCAGGGGGUAGGGGAGAGGGUGCAGGGCAAUCUCAAUUCAUCACAUGUUCAAAGGAUUUGAAUAUUUUUCAAAUAAAAUGUAUGUCGAUUAGUCGACAUGCACCAAAUUAGGGAUGCCCCGAGCAGAUCUGCCGGACUGGUAUCAGGGCAGAUCUUUCUAAUUAAUUGGUGUUGACUUUAAGCUUGAACCAGUUCUGAUCCCCUGUUUAUAUUUUAACCUUUUGCACUAUGGGUACAACAGCUACCAAAAUGUCCCAUUGUGCUUAAACCAGUAGGUCAGCAUUGAGUUUCAUGAUAUCUGCAGUGACAGCAUGCAUCAGUGAGGAAAGCCAGUUUAGGUCUCCUCUAUUUCAGCAACAUUUUGCUGGUGUUGUACACUUCUAAAAGUUUUGCAGUUGAAAACUGUGUUUUAGAGGCCCCGCACAGACAGACUGGUGUUUUCAGUUACUGGCUGAUUAGACCUAUUUAGGUUAAAGUUGGGUGGGGCUGUGGCGUGGUGGGAGUUUGCCUAGGUCACGUAACUCCAGGUGUAAGUUGCCCCGCCCAAAAGCGCAACAUUAGUUAGCAAUAGAGUGAAGGAGAUGUCGAUUAAGCAGUCUUACAGGUCCAUGCAGUCCUGAGGAGAGGUCUAAUCAGCCAAAUGAGUGAAAACGUAUGCAUGGGUGUGCUGGGGGCCUGGCUUUGUUUUCUUAAUGCAGAGCUGCUCACCAAAUCCAAACUGGACUAACUGGACAACUGGAUUAAAUGUAAUCUUAGCCUGAUUAGGCUAAGUAUACACCACACAACUGCAUUACAGUAAAGAAAAUAUAAGUAGCGGACAAGGACUUGGUAUUGGCAGAAUCCUAACGUUUAGUGGCUCAGAUCACGCCAAAAUGUUCGGGACAUCCCUACACCAAGCACAAAGCAUGCAGGAUAGAUGAACUAAUCAGCUGUGCAUGCUAGAAUAGAUUUUGAAAGUGUGUCCCAUCAUCUACAGUUACUUUCAGCAGAUGUGGUGGAAGUUAAUUUGCACAUGAUUUGGUUAUUAAUCAUGAUAAGCACACAAACUGCCUUUGGCAUCUACUUGCUUCAUUCGCCAAAGCUUUGUAUCAUUUUACACUGUGCAUCUGUAUUUCCAAAUUUUCACUAACACACGAGAUAAAAGUAGCUGUAAGCCUCUGCUUGAUGUUGCGGUAAAAAUGCUUUUUUAUGACCCUCUCCACACAUGACUCUGAAAGAGUUGAGUGACUCUCACGUUUAACAGUGGUGUUUCUUUUGUUGUUGUGUUUUACAGUUCUUUUUCCUGGUUCAGCCAGCCCUAUAUACCAGGCCCUGCUGAAAAUGCCACCAACAGUUUUGUCUUCUGCAGCCUUAUCCUGUUUCUCAAGUGUCCUUUCUGUUGUGUGUGUGUGCGCGUGUGUGCGUGUGUAUGUCUCUCUCUCUCUCCCUCUCUCUCUCUCUCUCCCCCCCUUUAAAAAUGUAAAAUGUCAGAUUAAAAAAUAGCCUGUUUUCAGAUUGCACAACCAUGGAUGAUCAUCUCCAUAAGAUUUUCCCUUUGAUUUUACUGUUUGGUUUUUCUUCAGCUUUGGGCACAUUUUCCAUGAUUUUUAUCACAUCUGUUGCUCUCAGUAGCCUUUAACUGUUUAGUGCAGUUUAUCUUUACAUUGUUAACUGUUUUUAGUGACAUACUGUUGGCUAAAGCCUAGCAGCACUCUAGCUUGUUAGCAGUACUUAAUCUGGUUGGCAAGUAAGGUUUUGUUUUUGCUUUUGUUCUUGUUUUUUUUGUGGUGGGAUUGUUCAAAGUAACCACCAACAAAAGCCCAGAAAAGGUAAUAUGACUGCACCUUUUCUGUUUUUGUAUUGGUAAUGGUAAGUGAUGUUGAAAUGUACCCUUGUGUCCACACCCAAAUCAUGAACUUUGUUUUCUGUAUCUCAAUGUUUUUGUGUGCUUUAUAGCGAAGCAGCCGGCGCGAGUCGCUUGUUCAUAAAACAUCUAAUGAAAGUUGAGAGCACAUCCCACGGGACAACUGGCUGUGCUUGCUUACGUUUGGUUCAUGACUUAAAAAACAAGUACAGGUGAUAAAAUCUUGGCAGUGUUGACCACAGUGUGUAUUGUGACUUUUAAACUCAUAGCUGCUAAUCCUACAAUCAUACUUUCACAAAAAAAAGUCAGGGAUCAAGAUUUACAGACAAGACAAAAAGUGGAUUUUUUUAUUAUUUUUUACUGCAGAGUAGUUAGACUGAGGUGGCUUGUCUGCAAGUCUUGUCUGAGUGUUAAUCGAUGUUUGCUUGGAGCAUGUACUGAAAUGUUGUUGUUUUUCUCCAGGAGUCAUUCCUGAUGAAUCUAAAGCUAUGUCGCUGCUGGCUCCAGCCAAUGCCGUGGCAGGAAUGAUGCCCGGGGGAGGCCUUCUUCCAACACCCAAUCCUCUGGCAACAAUGGGAGGGACACCGUUCGGAGGUCUUGGAGCUCCCAACAUGGAGCAAAUGGCUGCCAUGGGAAUGCCGGGGCCUAACAUGAACCCCCAGGCGCUCUCUGCAGACUUCCUAAAGCUUAUGCAGUCCAUGGACCCCAAAUUGAAUCCAUUAGCGGCCGGACUGAACUUGAAUCCAGGCCUGAAGACUGAUGCCUCCAACAAGGAGAUUGAAGAGGCCAUGAAGAGAGUCCGAGAGGCUCAGUCUCUCAUUUCUGCAGCCAUUGAGCCAGGAAAUAAGAAAGAUGACAAGCGCAAACAUUCCCGCUCCCGUUCGAGGUCACGGCGCAGACGGUCCAGAUCUCGCUCAAGACACAGGCGUUCAAAGAGCAGGUCUCGGCGGAGAUCCCAUUCAAGGAGUAGGAGGAGGUCGAAGAGUCCACGAAGGAGGAGGUCCCACUCCCGGGAUAGAAGCCGCCGCAGUAGAUCCAGGGACAGGCGGAAGGAGGAAAAGUCUAAGAAAAGGUCAAAGACGCCCCCCAAGAGCUACAGCAGUGCCAGGAGGUCUCGAAGCAUCAGCCGGAGGCACAGGCGAAGCCGCAGUGCGUCUCGGUCCCCCAGGAGGAAGUUGUCCAGGUCUCCCUCGCCCAGACGUCACAAGAAGGAGAAAAAGAAGGACAAGGAGCGUGAGAAGGAGCGGGACAGAGACAGGAGGGAGGACAGGGACCGGAGCAGAGAUGAAAGAGAACGUUCCACCAGCAAGAAGAAGAAGAGCAAAGACAAAGAACGAGAUCGGGACCGCAAGUCCGACAGUGAGAAGGGAGACGUUAAGGUGACCCGGGAUUAUGAUGAAGAAGAGCAAGGUUAUGACAGUGAAAAAGAAGGAGAGGAGGAUGACGAUGAGAGGAGGAGCGACUCUGACUCUGCCUCAUCCCCCAAAGGCCAGGAGGAGAUGGAGCGAUCCGAGGGCCCAAUCCCCAAAAAGUCCAAGCUGAAUGGAGACGAUCACCAUCAGGAAGACAUGGAGAUGAGUGAUUAAGAGCAUCCCGAACCAGACCGUGUUAUCUUUCCACUGUCCUUUUAUAUUUUUAAUAUAGGCCACAACGUGUCUGUGCCUCAGUCUAAGUAAAAAAAAAAAAAAAAAAAAAAAAAAAAA